AACGCGACACACACGUGCGCGAUCGAAUCGUCGCGAUUGUUGUCGCAACACUUGAAUGAAAAAAGAAGUAAUCAAGAGAAAUUGUUGUAGCUCUUGAUUCAGCGCUUAUCGAUCUCUUACCCAGAGAUGCCUGUUGCUUGUGCGCCAUCGCCUGCUUCCUCCCGACUCCCAUAUGACUUGGAGUCACGAGUAUAUAGCAGACCGAUAAGCCAACACCUGCCCGGCAUACACAAGUGCGUUACACGUAGAACCGCAGUAGCCCAUUUAUAGACCGCUGCAGCUAUCACGUUACACACUCGGCUCCGGAGUUUCAUCAUCGACUUUUGACAGCUCGCGCACCGCAUCGAAAUGGAGCUCUUCGUGCAUUUCUUCGGUCUGUCCUUUGUGUUCGGCAUAAUGCUCUCGUUCUGGUACAAGAUUCGCCAGAAGACCAAGAAAAUCUGCAUCGUGAUCCUCGGCGAUAUCGGCAGAAGUCCUCGCAUGCAGUAUCACGCGGCGUCUUUCUUAAAAGAAGGUUAUGAAGUUGAAAUCGUUGGAUAUCACGACACGAAGCUCAUCGACGAAUUGCAGGGCAACGCAAAGCUCAAAGUGCAUCGUUUGUCCUCCCCUCCGAAGCUAGAUGAAUAUGUAACGAAAGCUCUGUGGUUUGGGAUAAAGAUCGUGUGGCAGUCGCUGGACUUGCUCUACGCACUCUUUUUCAAAUGUGAUUCCAGCUUCUUACUGCUACAAAAUCCACCGGCAGUUCCAACCAUUCCAAUCUGUUGGUUUUAUUGUUUGAUCAAAAAAAUUGAAUUUACCAUUGACUGGCAUAAUUAUGCUCAUACAAUUAUGGCUAUAUCUUUGUCCAAUACUCAUCCUCUUGUAAGAUUAGCUAAGUAUCUAGAAAUGUAUUAUGGAACUAAAGCAACUAAUCACUUCUGUGUGACAAAAGCUAUGCAAGAAGACCUUUCUAAAAAUUACAAUAUUAAAGCAAAGGUACUUUAUGAUAGACCAGCAGAGAAAUUUCGUUCUAUUUCAUUAUCGGAAAAACACGAACUACUAAUGAGACUUAUGAAGACACAAGAAGAUUGUGAUGCUUUCAAAAGUAAUGACGAAAAUAGUACCGCAUUAACAAAGGAAGUGGAUGGUGAUAUCAUUUUGCAAAAUGAAAGACCAGCUAUGAUUGUAUCAAGUACCAGUUGGACACCAGAUGAAGAUUUCAGUACUCUGAUAAAGGCUUUAUGUAAUUAUGAUAAACUGUGUAAAGAAACAAAUUCUCCAUAUCCAAAUUUGAUAUGUGUCAUAACUGGAAAAGGAGAAUUAAAACAAUUUUACAGACAAGUCAUAAAGAACGAGAAUUUGAAGCAUGUUAAAGUUCUUAUGCCUUGGUUACAAGACAGCGAUUAUCCUAAAUUAUUAGCAUCUGCAGAUUUAGGUAUUAGCUUGCAUACAUCGUCCAGUGGAUUGGAUUUACCUAUGAAAAUUGUAGAUAUGUUUGGUUGUGGCCUACCAGUCUGUGCAAUUAAUUUUCCAUGUUUGUCAGAACUUGUAAGAGAUAAUGAAAAUAGUUUAGUGUUCACUAAUUCUGAGGAAUUGACAGAACAUUUCAAAACAUGGUUCAGAAACUUUCCUAAUGAUCCUCAGCAGCAAAAGUUAUGUUCUCAGUUCAAAAAUGAAUUGCAUAAAUUUCAAGAUUGUCGGUGGCAUGAAAAUUGGACGAGCGUAGCUCUGCCUUGUUUCACACCUUCAACCCAAUAAUCAUUUAGUGUAAAUACAUCAAGUUGUAAACAAUAUGUUUUGAAUCAAUAGCAAGAAUGGUGCAUAAUUUUGAUGUCUUUGUGAGACUAUCAGUGCAUUUUUUACUGUGAUAAAUAUUUUGAUUGUAAAGCAUAAACAUGUAAUUUUAUUAUGAGUUAAACUUCAAAAUUCUUAAUGUAAUGUAGAUCUUAUGUUAUUUAUAAAUCUUACAUUUCAAAUAUUUCAUAAAGUAUUUGAUUUACAUAUAUUGUGUUAUUGAAUCAUAACAUUCUAAUUUAGCCCAAGAAAUAAAUAAAAA